AUGGCCGAAAUCGGUGAGGACAGUAGCGGGGCGCGGGCUCUGCUGGCGCUGCGCUCGGCGCCCUGCAGCCCCGCCGCCGCGCCCCCUCCCGGGCCGCCGCCCCCGGCCGCGCCGCCCGCCGCCUGCACCGGGCCGGUGCUGGCGCGGCUGCAGGGCCGCGAGUUCGAGUUCCUCAUGCGGCAGCCGGCCGUCACCAUAGGCCGCAACUCCUCGCAGGGCUCGGUGGACGUCAACAUGGGGCACUCCAGCUUCAUCUCGCGGCGGCACCUGCAGCUCAGCUUCCAGGAGCCGCACUUCUACCUGCGCUGCCUCGGCAAGAACGGCGUCUUCGUGGACGGCGCCUUCCAGCGCCGCGGCGGCCCGGCCCUGCAGCUCCCGCCGCAAUGUACUUUCCGAUUCCCUAGCACGGUUAUAAAGAUCCAGUUCACAUCUUUAUACCAUAAAGAGGAAGUGAAAGAGGAAGCCUCAGCACAUCCCCUUCGGCCACUUUACCCUCAAAUAUCACCUCUGAAGAUCCACAUCCCGGAGCCGGAUCUCCGGAGCGUGGUCAGUCCCCUCCCAUCCCCCACAGGCACUAUCAGUGUUCCCAACUCUUGCCCAGCCAGUCCACGUGGUGCUGGAUCCUCAGGAUAUCGUUUUGUUCACAACAUUACCUCGGAUCUGCAGCUGGCAGCAGAGUAUGCGGCGAAGGCGGCGUCAGAGCAGCAGGCAGAUACAUCUGGAGGGGACAGCCCAAAGGAUGAAUCCAAGCCACCCUAUUCUUAUGCUCAGCUAAUUGUGCAGGCUAUAUCUUCAGCACAGGACAGGCAAUUAACACUAAGUGGGAUCUAUGCCCACAUUACCAAGCAUUAUCCAUAUUACAGGACUGCUGACAAAGGCUGGCAGAAUUCCAUUCGGCACAACCUCUCCUUGAACCGUUACUUUAUUAAAGUCCCACGCUCCCAGGAGGAGCCUGGAAAAGGCUCCUUUUGGCGAAUUGACCCUGCCUCUGAAGCCAAACUUGUAGAACAAGCAUUUAGAAAAAGAAGGCAAAGAGGAGUGUCCUGCUUCCGAACACCUUUUGGGCCUCUCUCCUCCAGGAGUGCUCCUGCCUCCCCUACUCACCCUGGCCUGCUGUCCCCUCACUCUAGUGGCCUACAGACUCCAGAGUGCCUGUCACGGGAGGGCUCACCCAUUCCACACGAUCACGACUUUGGGUCAAAGUUAGCCUCAGUUCCAGAGUAUCGGUAUUCCCAGAGUGCACCUGGAUCUCCAGUGAGUGCCCAGCCAGUGAUUAUGGCUGUUCCUCCCCGACCAUCCACCCUGGUGGCCAAACCAGUGGCCUACAUGCCAGCGUCCAUAGUGACUUCCCAGCAGCCUCCGUGCCACGCAAUCCACGUCGUGCAACAAGCCCCCACUGUCACCAUGGUCCGAGUGGUGACCUCCUCUGCAAACUCUGCAAAUGGAUACAUCCUCACAAACCAGGGCACAGCAGGAGGAGCUCAUGAAGCUGCAGGAGCAGUGUUGGACUUAGCUGGUGACCACCGAGGCAUGGACGAGAAGCCAACGAUCGCCUUUGCCACCAUCCCCACGGCCAGCCGUGUUAUCCAGACAGUGGCCAGUCAGAUGGCCCAGGGUGUCCCUGGGCAGACUGUCACCAUCCUGCAGCAGGCAGCUCCAGUGGCCCUGGGGCAGCACCAGCUCCCGGUGCGGGCGGUCACCCAGAACGGCAAACACGCCGUGCCCAGCAACAGCAUCGCCGGCAGCGCCUACGCUCUUACAAAUCCACUGCAGCUCCUUGCAGCCCAGGCCAGCUCAUCCACUCCUGUUGUAGUCAGCCGGGUCUGCGAGCCGGGGACCGAAGAGACAGCAGCAGCCUCCUCCAGUGAGCCUGAAGUGAAAAGACCACGGAUAGAAGAGCCCAGUGGAGCAGUGCCAGCCCAGACUGGAGUCAUCACAUCCACAGUGCCACAAGGACAGGCAACCAGUGAAUGAAGAACCGGUGGGAGGAGCUGGAGUGAUGGCGGGGUGGGCAUGGGAUGGCAGGAGCCCUAAAGCAGCUUUCACAGGAAACCAACCACAACUGUAACAGCUCAAAACACAGCUGAUAAAGAGCCCUUUUUAAAGGCAGAUUUUUCAAUGGGAGGACAAAGCUGUUAGAAUCACAAGGUGCCAAAAAGAAUGGAAAAUCCCUCCCAAGAACCCAUAUCUGGAACUCUGUUCUGUCUCUACUUAUGGGAUAUUUUUUCCUUUUACUUUUUUUUUUUUUUUAAAGCGUCAAAAAAAUACAGACAACUGAUUGUAUGACUGCUGGGAUAUUUUCAACUAUCUUUUCCCCUUUUGGCUCCAAGGGGAUGGGAUUUGCAGUUCAGAAUCUAAAGGAAUGUAAUACAAAUACAGUCUGCUCCCUGGAAAGAAAACUCCUCACGUUCAAUGCCUUAAUACCACACUUCUGAGAGCUUUGAACCAUAGAACCAUUUUAAAAAGGUCACCUAAGGCAAUCAAAUGCUGAAACAUGGGUGCACAACAACAUUAAAGAAACAUGGUAUCAAUCUUAAAAAAAAA